UCCCCCUUUAAGGUACAUUUUGAACAGAUAAAAAAUGUGUGAUUAAUUUGUGAUUAAUCACGAUUAACUAUGGACAAUCAUGCGAUUAAUCGCGACUAAAUAUUUUAAUCAAUUGACAGCCCUAAUUGUGACAUAAAAGUGCCAGACAGGUCAAGAGCUGGAAAUUGUCAUCCCAUGUAACUUGUUCUUUUUGUGGAAGGGCAAAAAUCACACAGCAUGUGUAAUCUUGUAAACAGCUCUGUAGGUCGCCGAUAAGUGCUGCUUAAACCCACUUUGUGACCCCCUGUAGUGAAGUGUCGGGUUAAAAGGAAGGGAAGCAGCAAAGGCUUAUAUAAACCUUGGAAAAUACAGUGUGCAGCAGGAUUCAGAAAAAACGACAGACAAGAACAAAUCAGAGGAGCCUGUCUGCCGUAUGCACAGCAGAAUGUCUACAAAAGCAUUGGCACUGUGGCUGCUACUUGUGGGGGCGGUAUUGCCACAUGGCCGCUGUCAGCACUGGUCAUAUGGACUGAACCCAGGAGGGAAGAGGGAUCUGGACAGCCUUUCAGACACGCUGGGCAAUGUUCUAGUUGAGGGAUUUCCACACGUGGACGCACCCUGCAGUGUUUUGGGUUGUGCAGAGGAAUCACCUUUUGCCAACAUUUACAGAGCAAAAGGAUUUUUUGGCAGUGUCACUGACAGAGAAAAAGGACACAGAACAUAUAAAAAAUGAUGAUUAUUUGAUUCUACAAUAAAUAUUUGAUUAGCAUAUC